AUGUCUUCACUAUCUGUGGCCGAUUUGUUUGGAGUUCGGGGGCGAGUCGCGCUGGUGACAGGAGGAUGCAGUGGAAUCGGGUUGAUGAUCGCGAAGGGGCUGGUCGCAAAUGGUGCCAAAGUAUAUGUGACUGCGUUACCCACCGAUGAUAUUGAUGGCGCUGUCGCUGAGCUGCAGGAGCUUGGCAAGGCUGCUGGUGGACAAGCCAGAGGAUUUCCAAGCGACUUGUCAACCAAGGAGGGCAUCUCGGCGAUUGCCCAAGAGAUUGAAAAAUAUGAGAACCAUUUGGAUAUUCUCUGCUCGAACGCAGGGAUUCGACGAGACCCUCCACAGAUGUGCAAUGUCAAAACAGCAUCCCUGGACGAACUUCAAGCAUCUUUGUGGUCAUCCAGUCAUUCGGAUUGGAACGACACCUUCCAGACCAACGUUACAGCGCAUUAUUUCUUGUCCGUUGCACUCCUGAAGCUGCUUGUGGCUGCAAGCAAGCUUGAGCUGGAGGGUGGACUCCGGGGCAGGGAUGUGGGCCGAGGAGUCAUGAUCAUCACCAGCAGCUGUGCUAGUAUGCACAAUUGCACCAACGUCGAUUUGACCAGCUAUGCCAGCAGCAAAGCGGCGAUUGAUCACUUGGUGCCAUUACUGGCAACAAAGUUUGCAAAGUGGUAUGUGAGAGUGAACGCAAUUAACCCUGGCUUCGUGCCGAGCAGAAUGAAUCCCGUCGAGGAGGGCAACAAUCAAUUCGCGGAGCUCUUUAAAGCAAUGCCAGCCCAACGAAUAGGCCAAUCGGAAGAUAUUGUGGGAGCAGUGAUCUAUUUGAGCAGCCAGGCAGGGGCAUACGUCGAUGGCAGGUGUUUGUGCGUGGACGGUGGACGCGUCUUGGUGGCAAAUGGACAAUGA